GCCAUGCCGGGGCCGCCGCUGCUGCUGCUGCUGCUGCUGGCGCGGGCCGGGCGGGCGCUGGCGGCGGAGCCCCCGGGCCUGGCGGCGCUGCGGCCCGGGGCGGCGCCGCAGCCGGCCGACCUGCUCUACGCCGACGGGCUGCGCGCGUACGCGGCGGGCGCCUGGGCGCGGGCCGUGGCGCUGCUGCGGGAGGCGCUGCGGAGCCGCGCGGCGCCGGGCCGGGCGCGCCGGGCGUGCGGGGCGCGCUGCGGGGCGGCGGCGGCGGCCGGGCGCUGGGAGGCGGCGCUGCUGCGGGCGGCGCUGCGCCGCGCCGAGUGUCUGGGCCGCUGCGCCGCGCGCGCGCUGGGCCCCGGGGCCGCCGCGCGGAUGCGCCUGGCCCGCGCCGUGCGCGACGCCUUCCGCCGCCGCGAGCCCUACAACUACCUGCAGCGCGCCUACUUCCAGUUGAAGAAGUUAGACCUGGCGGCCGCUGCGGCUCACACCUUCUUUGUAGCAAACCCAAACCACUUGCAGAUGAGAGAGGACAUGGCAAAGUAUAGACGCAUGUCUGGGGUUCGGCCUCAGAGUUUCCGGGACCUAGAGACACCCCUGCAUUGGGCGGCCUAUGAUGCCAGCCUGGAGCUGAUGGAGCGCCAGGAAGCCGGGCUGGCACUGCCCAGGCUGGAGGAGGCCCUGCAGGAGACUCUAGCGCAAAUGGAGACCUGCUGGGCUGGCUGCCAGGGGCCUGAAGAGCAACAGGAAGAGGAGGAGGAGGAGAAGAAGGAAGAUGAAGAAGGGGCCGGGGGUCCCGGGGGUCUCUAUGAAGCCGUUGCCGGGCACUGGAUUCGGGUCCUGCUGUGCCGACAGCGCUGUGUGGCGGACACGGCCACCCGCCCCGGGCGCAGCCAUCCUGUUCCUGACUUCCUUCCUAACCAGCUAAGGAGGCUACACCAGGCACACGCUCAGGUGGGAAAUCUGUCUGAGGCUGUGGAAAAUGUCCUGAGCGUUCUGCUCUUCUACCCGGAUGACGAGGCCGCCAAACAAGCUCUGAGCCAGUACCAAGCCGAGCUCGGGGAGCCCAGACCAGGCCUUGGACCCAGGGAGGACAUCCAGAACUUCGUCCUUCGGUCCCUGGGGGAGAAGAGACAGCUUUACUACGCCAUGGAACAUCUUGGUAUCAGCUUCCAGGACCCUGACCCCUGGACCCCGGCGGCCUUCAUCCCCAAGGCGCUGAGAGAGACGCUCAGGGAGGAUCAAGAGCAGAGGCCUUGGGACCUGGAGCCUCCGCGGCCAGCGGCGGCCGACUGGCAGGAGGCGCUGCUGCUGGAGGGGGUGACGCUGGCGCUGGACGCCCGGCAGCUGAACGGCUCGGAGCGCGCCGUGCUGGACGGGCUGCUCACCGCGGACGAGUGCGGGGCGCUGCUGCGGCUGGCCAAGGACGCGGCUGGGGCUGGAGCCAGGUCUGGCUACCGUGGUCGCCGGUCCCCCCACACCCCCCAUGAGUAUUUCGAGGGGCUCACGGUGCUGAAGGCGGCCCAGCUGGCCAGGGCGGGGAGUGUGGGGAGCCAGGGCGUAAGGCUCCUUCUAGAAGCGGGUGAGCGCGUGAGGAAGGUGACGCAGGCCUACUUCUCCCCGGAGCGACCCCUGCACCUCUCCUUCACCCACCUGGUGUGCCGCAGUGCUGUCGAAGGGGAGCAAGAUCAGCGCAUGGAUCUGAGCCACCCUGUCCACGCUGACAACUGUAUCCUGGACCCCGACACCGGGGAGUGCUGGCCAGAGCCCCCAGCCUACACCUACCGAGACUACAGUGGCCUUCUCUACCUCAACGAUGACUUUAAAGGGGGGGACCUGUUCUUCACGCAGCCCAACGCGCUCACUGUCACGGCUCAGGUUCGGCCGCGCUGCGGUCGCCUGGUGGCCUUCAGCUCUGGCGGGGACAAUCCCCACGGGGUGUGGGCCGUGACCCGCGGUCGGCGCUGCGCCCUGGCGCUGUGGCACACGUGGGCCCCGGAGCACCGGGAGCAGGAGUGGACAGAAGCCAAAGAAUUGCUGCAGAAGCUAAAGGAGGAGGAGGAGGAGGAGGAAGAGGAGGAGGAGGAGGAAGAGGAGGAGGAGGAGGAGGAGGAAGAAACGCCAGGCAGAGACCCUUUCCCAGAACCCCCCAGCCACAAACUUCAACGUGUGCAAGAAACAAACGCGGAGCCACGGAGGGCCCGAGAGGAGCUGCCGGUACCUCGGCAUCCCAGCUGCAGCUGCAAAGAGACACUGAGGAAUCGGAGCUGGAAAUCGGGGAGACAUCCAGCUAGAACCCAAGAGUGCAAGGCACCCCUGGACCUGUCCGCCAUGGGGGAGAUGGAGCAACUGAGGCAGGAAGCGGAACAGCUCAAGAAACAGAUCUCAGAAGCCAGGAAAGCCUGCGCAGAUAGCACCCUGGCUGAGCUGGUGUCUGGCCUAGAGGUCGUGAGCCGCAUCCAGAUGCGGACCCGGCGGACGCUCAGGGGUCACCUGGCCAAGAUCUAUGCCAUGCACUGGGCCACCGACUCCAAGCUGCUCGUAAGCGCGUCGCAGGACGGGAAAUUGAUUGUGUGGGAUACGUAUACCACCAACAAGGUUCACGCCAUUCCACUGCGCUCCUCCUGGGUAAUGACCUGUGCGUAUGCUCCAUCCGGGAACUUCGUGGCCUGCGGUGGGCUGGACAACAUGUGUUCCAUCUAUAACCUCAAAUCCCGAGAGGGGAACGUCAAGGUCAGCCGGGAGCUCUCGGCUCACACAGGUUAUCUGUCCUGCUGUCGCUUCCUGGAUGACAAUAACAUCGUGACCAGCUCAGGAGACACAACAUGCGCCCUCUGGGACAUCGAGACGGGACAGCAGAAAACCGUGUUUGUGGGGCACACCGGCGACUGCAUGAGUCUGGCCGUGUCCCCCGACUACAAGCUCUUCAUCUCGGGGGCCUGCGACGCCACCGCCAAACUGUGGGACGUGCGCGAGGGGACAUGUCGCCAGACCUUCACCGGCCACGAGUCGGACAUCAAUGCCAUCUGUUUCUUCCCCAACGGAGAGGCCAUCUGCACGGGCUCCGACGACGCUUCCUGCCGUCUGUUCGACCUGCGCGCUGACCAGGAGCUAACCACGUACGCCCACGAGAGCAUCAUCUGCGGCAUCACGUCCGUGGCCUUCUCGCUGAGUGGCCGUCUGCUCUUUGCGGGCUAUGAUGACUUCAAUUGCAACGUGUGGGACUCCAUGAAGUGUGAGCGUGUGGGCGUCCUCUCCGGCCAUGACAACAGGGUCAGCUGUCUGGGGGUCACGGCCGACGGGAUGGCUGUGGCCACUGGGUCCUGGGACAGCUUCCUCAAAAUCUGGAACUGAGGAGGCUGGGAGCAAAGAGAUCAAAAGCCAGGACGCCCUCUCUGGGAUUUCUGUACAGCAGGGGGCAGAAAUCCACCAAGCUGCUUUCUCUGGGGGAAGG